UUUUAGAAAUGGGACUAAACGCUUUUUAACUUCUUCGUUUCAAAUCUGGAGAAAAAUGAGUUGUAGUUAAUGAUGAAGCCGGGAACAAGGAAAUAACAAUCGCCUGGCGAAGCAGUGUGGUAUGGUGAUGCCAAUUUCUUUAAAUUUAUCUUCUCGUAACUGGAUAUAAUAGGGAUUGUGGGGUUUUUAAGGUUUAAUAGAGUUACUCUUCAAUUUAUGUAUGUGGAAUUUUGUUCCCGUAAUUAGCCUAUGAUUUUGGGCCCAUUGAUCAAAUCAUGGAAAACUUCUAUCGUUUAAUUUCCCCAGUUCUCCAAUUUCCUGCCUAUGAAAUGUUUUCUGUCGUUUAGUGGUGAUCAAGGCCUUAAUGCAAGCGAUUAGACCUAAUUCUGGUGUCAAUUCGGUGACCUUCUGAUAGUUUCUCUUUUCGAGAUUGACAGUAAAAUUUGGUACAUAAAGGAAGCCUCAAAAUUAGCAUUCUUGAUCUCUUGAAUCAAACCAAUACCACUAGAACUCAUUUAGCAUUUGUCACCCAAAUACGCCCCCCAAAUUCUUCACCAAUUUGUGUAAAUAUCCAAUAUCCAUAUUGAAUGGGUGGAAUUGUUUAUAGCAGUACCGGGUCGAAUUCACAAUCUUUACACUUGUUAAAUCAUUCGAUAGGCUCAUGAUAUUGAUGAUCUCGUUUCCAUUUUGAUGCUCACCUUAUAUACUACGAAUAUCCUCAGCUCUAUAACUCCCUCACCAUGUGUAACUAUCCAUAUAUAAAUCCCAUUGGAAUUGUUCAUAGAAGUACUGGGUCAGUUUCACAAUUUUCACACUGUCAAAAAUUCUCUUAUAGUCCCACGAUAUUGAUGAUCUAGUUUCCAUGUCAAUGCGUGCCAUGUAUAAAUGUCAGUCAAGAACUAUAAAUAUCCACGGCUCUAGAACUGUUUCCAGGAAUGCGAAAAAGAAAGAGACGCGUGGGCGGCCCAUUGUGUUCUAACUUCAAGACAAAGGUUAAUGUAAAAGAGAGUGUUUUUUAAGAAUUAAGUACUGGGAUAUAUAUUGACAGGGAGCCUGUAUGCAAGGAUGAUUGUUUUGAGUGGAAGGGCAAGGGGGUCCUAAUUGUCUAAUAGAGCAUUAUUUAGGAUCUUGAACCAAUGAAAAGCUGCUCACCUUGGCCAUGGUUUUCAUAACAGAUUAAUAUUUAUUUAUUAGUUCCAAUGCUUAAAUAGUACCAAAACUCAAACCUUAUUGGCUGCUAGGAUCUGCUUUUUGAGCACCCGACUUUUUCCAAUUAAACCACACCACACAACCAUUAAUUCCUACAUGCCUUCCUACAUUUUCUGACAAUUGUGAAGAGAAUUUCACACCUGUUCUUUGGAAAUGAAGUUCUUUAACUGGGUGCAUAAUAAGCUCAAUGGAGGACAAGGGAGUAAAAGGCCAAGUGCAAUUCCUGCUACACAUCAUAUAAAUAAAGAACCUCCCAAGGAAGAAUUCAGUGAUUGGCCUCAAGGAUUACUAGCAAUUGGAACUUUUGGCAACACAGAUCUUGCAGAAAAUCAUGAGAGCCAAGUUGUACAAAAUCCAGAGAACGAAAUCCUACUGGACGAGCAAUGUUCCUCUCCAGAUUUAUCAGAAUUCACUGCUGAAGAAGUAGGAAAGUUGCAAAAGGAGUUGACAAAACUUUUAACUCGCAAACCAAAAGCUGAAGAACCAAUUAACAAUCUACCACUAGAUAGAUUCCUUAACUGCCCUUCAAGUUUGGAAGUAGAUCGUACAAUUUCUAAUAGAUUCAGCAUCAGCACUAAUUCACGUGAUAAAGACGAAGAAGAAAUUGAUCGAACCAUUAGAAUAAUCCUCGGAAGAUGCAAAGAUGUUUGCGAAAAGAAGAAGAAAGCAAUUGGCAAGAAAUCAGUAACUUUCCUUCUCAAGAAAAUGUUUGCUUGCAGAAGUGGCUUUGCACCGACUCCCAGCCUUCGAGAUCCAUUUCCUGAAUCAAGGAUGGAGAAGCUUUUGAGGACAAUGCUAGCAAAGAAGAUGUACCCUCAAAAUGCUUCUCGAGCAUCAUCCACAAAGAAAUAUCUAAAUGAUAACAGGCAUACAUCAAAUGCUGAAAAUCAAGAUGAAGAGCAGGAGAAAAGACGCGAGGGAUCUAAAUGGGACAAAACUGAUUCUGAAUAUAUUGUUCUUGAGAUUUAAACAAGCCUCGAGGUUGUUUACAUUCCAUUUGCAGUGCCUAAGCACGCUUAUUGGAUCGUGGCUGAAUUGAAUUCUUUAAGCAGAGGUAUCAAUAUAUAGAGUGGCACAUGAAGUGAUCAUGAAUUGACAAAAACAACAUUUUGAGGAAAGGACACCCCCUCUUUUUUCAUGGCUGUAUCUAUGAUAGAAGAUAGAUACAACGCAUGCUAUGUAAUAUUUUGAUACUACUCUGAAGAUUUUCUUCGGGGCAAUACAGUUUCCUCUACAUUCUUAUUCUAGAUAGAGUUCCUUUA